AUGAGUUUGCGGAUGGGCGUGGAUUGGGUGAGCAGUCACGAGUAUAUCGUGCUGCAGUUGGCCGUUGUGGCGCCCGACGUUUUCACCAUGGACUAUCGCGGCCCUGUCGCCUGCAGCCUUCGCAUCUGCCUGUCAGCCUUCGACGGAAUCGCUUCCGAGUAUAUCGUGCUGCAGUUUGGCCGGGUGGCGCCCGACGUCUUCACCAUGGACUAUCGCGCCCCCCUGUGCGCCCUGCAGGCCUUCGCCAUCUGCCUGUCCAGCUUCGACGGGAAACUCGCCUGGGGGUUAGUUCUGGGGGCACCUGGCUGCCUCACCCCCACUUUAAGCCUCCCCCCCACAUUCCAGGCUGUGGCCAUCGCGGCACGUGAUCUUGCCCGGGCUCAGGAUUACGCCCAGAAACACGGGAUCCCCCGAGCGUACGGGAGCUACGAGGAGCUGGCGCGGGACCCCGACGUGGACGUGGUCUACGUGGGGGUCAUACACCCCGAGCACCUGCCUAUGGGGCGGCUCUUCCUGGGGGCCGGGAAGCCCGUGCUGCUGGAGAAGCCCCUGGGGAUGAACGCGGAGGAGGUGAGGGAACUGGCGCAACUGGCCCGCAGCCGUGGGGUCUUCCUGAUGGAGGUGAGUGACACCCCCCGCCGAGUCCCCUGCAGCCCAGCGCCCUCCAGCACCACCCUGGGGCAUCGGGGCCAGCUGAUCGUGAACAACCAGCGCCAUGAGUGCCCCCUGCCGCCCCCCGCCCAGCCCCUCAACUUCUCCAAUGGCACCGGCAUGCGGUACGAGGCUCAGCACGUGCGCCAGUGUCUGCUGCAAGGCCUGAAGGAGAGCCCCAUCAUGAGCCUGGCCGAGAGUGAGCUGGUGGCCUCCAUCGUGGACGAGGUGCGACGGCAGCUGGGGGUGACCUACGCCGAGGACCACCAGGGCUGA